AACGUGGCUCUUUAAACGUUCGUCCGAAAGAAACAUGAUGGAAGAAGUUAGUGAUGAUACCAAUGGGGAAUCAACAUUCGAAUUUGUUGGUGGUAAAGUGGAUGAAAAUUUUAAAGGUGAUAACAAUAUCCAAUCUACAACUGCAACUGAAGAAUGUUCCUCACCUGUAAAUUCUGGAGCGCAAUACACUCAUGUCCCUCACAUUCCUUUGAGCAGCCAGCCACAAUUUUCGCCUAUGAUUUCUACAAAUAUGUCGAAUAACAAUGCAAACAUUACUUUUUAUGAUCCAAAUCAGCAUGCAAGUUCACAGCCUACUUUACCGCCAUUGGCGAUGCCACCAGUUGGAAGCCCUCAUUUGCCUUCCAAUGUUUCAGCAACUGUAGCAUAUGCAUCAAUGCAACAAAGCUAUCCUUCGACUAAUUUUCCUCAAAAUCCUUUGUCUGUGACUGAAGGUUCGAGCCAGUCAACUGCAUCACAUUCAUCCUUAGCAUUGUCAUUGCCUUUAGAUGCAGGGAGAGACACAUUUCAGCAAGCAAAUACAGAGAGUGGUGUUUGGGGUUGGAUUAAAGGAAAAGAUUUCCUUAACAAAGUUGCUGAAAAAGCCAAGAGCUCUGUGGAUUCUGUUAUCACAACACUGGAUCCAGGAAUGAAAGAGAUUAUCAGCUGA